GAGGCGCUAGAUGUCUUUCUCGUGCACCGCUUUUUUGCGAGUUUUGAACAUCUGUCGCUGCCUCUGCGCGCGAUGUACUACGGCUUAUUUAUAUUUCGUGUAUCAGGUGCGAACUUCUGAUGAACGCUCUUGUUGUACGCAAGUGAGCACAGACCGUCGUCAGCACCUCCUGUAAAUUUCCCACAAAUCUUUUGUAUCGGGCUUCCGAUGCCGUUACAGAUCAAAGAGACCGCUAGCCUUCACGGCACGAAAGGCGACGCAGUGAUACAUUCACUCGCCAAGCUAUUGGAAAAGGUCCACCGCCUCGAGGCGAAGAAGCGCGCGGCUCACAGCUGUCCUUCUUCAGAGCUCGGAGAGCACAUCGCACUGGUGGAAGCCCAGUGUGCCUUGCUUGAGGAGCAACUGCGGUACGCGCGACAAGUUCUGGUUUUCUCCACUAAACCGAGGAGCCCUCCCGACGCAUUUCCGGAAUGCGCGUUUACCAAGUCCUCCAGCUACGACAACGACGAUGUGUUUGACGAACCAGAAGACGCCCGGGCCCCUGUGUCCGAGCAGCGACCUGCAGCCCAAAAGUCGGCCCCAGAGAUGAACACGGAUGGCAGGAAAAGGACGUCGAGAAAAACGACUCCAAAGGUGCCUGAAGCUGCAGUGCCUGAGAAGCACUUGAGCCAGACUCGUCGAGCAAGGUCAACAUCUGCUGUUCCACACACUGUUCGUUUUCCUGACCAAGUUUACCAGUGCAGACUCAAUGUUGCAGAUGUGCCAUUCAUCCUCAGCAAAAGCACUUCAGCGAGUCACUCACUCCCUGCGAAUCUUCAGAACCUUGUGUCUCUCCUGAAGAAGGCCAAGCCACAGAGUGUGGGGCAGGACUUUGCAGAUGGCACACAUCGAAAUGUUUGUGUAGUAGGGAAAACGGGCUUGCCCAGGAGCAACAGUGAGAUUGACUUGCGUGCGGCAUCUCAACCUGAUGCUGCUAGCAGAGACCUUGUGCAACUAAUGCACCAAGGGGAGCAGCUGUUGAAGCAGUUGAAUCAAGCCCAAAUGCCUGGCACGCGACACUCUCUAAAGUGCCAGUGCCGGCGGCUAAUCAGCCGCAUUCAGGCCAGAAUGGCAGACAUUGGGAAACCAGAGACUGGUUUCUCAAAUAGCACAGGAGCGAAGUUGACACACAAAAGAAAGGGCACUGUAAAGCCAAGGUCGGCUUCUACAUCCUCUCACGUUGGCGACACUUUCAAUCGCGUUUUUAUGCGAGAGUUGAGGAGGAUUCAGAGCCACCUUGAAGAACAGAUAUGAACUGCAUCUGAGACAAAAACCACGAAACCAUACCUUUUGACAGCGAUUCUCUGAUCUCACAUUCAGAGCUCGUAGUUUGUGCCAUUGCUUUUGUAUAUUUGUAGGCUUGUACAGGCUUGUCAAAUCUGUACAUCCAUGGUCAAAAGUAUGUGAACCAGGGUUUCUGUGAAGAAAAGCAUAAUUCUUUUGGUGCCUUGGGACUUGAAACUAAAGGCUGCAGUUCAGGCUUGGCAUUGCAAACAUCGUAGUGCAUUUGUCAAUUUCAGCUCACCAAUCCGAGUUGCCAGGAAACUUUUUUUUCACCUCAGAUAUGGUCCACAUACUUAUGGUCAUGGGUGUACAUACUGCUGGCCCUGUGAUCACUAGUAAGAAUGUCACCUGAUUUGCCUGGACCUGUCAAAAUGCCCUGCUAUUGGAUGGCGAGUAAAUGGUCCACUACUUUUCUAAGUGCCAUUUUAUCAUACUGUUUAGUAACUCGCACUUGCGUGCUGCACUGUCACCUUCUUUGGUAUUUGAAAAGAGCACAGACAUGAAAAGAUGAGAACGUUGUUUUCUUGCUGGGAAUAAUAAAUAUUCUGUUGCUUGUGUAAUGCUGUUAAUGUAGUUUCCGAGGACAUGCCCUAUAUUUUAUUGCACCAAGCUUUCUUCCCGUGUUGUAGUUCUAAUUUCUGGAAGUCUUGAGAUGGAAUGAGAUGAUGCAUGAGUAAAUGAGCUUUGUUAGCUGUAGCUUUGGAAAGUUAAAAGGUAAUCCUUUGAUAACUUGAUCAUCUAGAAAACAAGGUGGCGUUGCUAGACGUGCAGCAGCCUGUGAAGCCAAAAUUGCAUUGGAGAAAAAUUGUUAACAAAGCUUAGUUAUAAACUGCAUUGGAAAAAAUUGUUAACAAAGCUUAGUUAUUGCUCAUUGGCAAAUUUUGUAAAGUAAAUCGCAGUGAAUGCUCCCGUAGGCAGUGUUCUCAGGAUGAAAGUGGUACUCUACUUCAAAUGCCGUCUCUCCCUUAUUUCCUUCGGUUGCUCCUUUCCUCAUCUGCCUGGAAAGUGUGAGCCACUUGUGCUGUUAUCGAUCUCAGUUGACUCUGAUUGGCUCAAUAAAAUGAAAUGGAAGUGUUA